AUGCGAUGCACGGGCCCGUGCAGGCAGGAUUACUGCGGGGGCUCUGGUUUGGGUCACGCGCGUAGGCUCAUCCAGCAGACGGUGCUACCAAAGGCUGGCAUGCUGCUUCAAAGGAUGGGACAUCUGGCCAGUUUGGAUGAGUCGGUCCUGGCUGCUCUGCUGGAGAGGAGACAACGGGGUGCCAGAGUAUGGCUGCGGGAGCAGGACCAGCUGCAGCCAUGCACUGUUGGCUCAUGUGCCGAUGGAAAUGUGCUCUUCACCUCAGAUUAUGGCACGGUAUUCCAGUACCCUAAGGCCUCCCUUUCCAGAGAAAAAGUUUUGCCAAUGCACCAGACCAGCAUUGAUGGAGUAGAAGACAUGUCCAUGCUGGGAGAUCUGCAUGAAGCUGCCAUCCUGCUUAACCUGCACCAGCGCUACCAACAGGGUAACAUCUAUACAAACAUUGGUUCCAUCUUGGCAUCAGUAAAUCCCUACAAACCCAUCCCUGGUCUGUACAGUGUGGAUGCCAUAGACCUGUACAGACAGCACCGCCUGGGUGAGCUGCCUCCCCAUAUCUUCGCCACCGCUAACGAGUGCUACUGCUGCUUGUGGAAGCGUCAUGACAGCCAGUGUGUUCUGAUAAGCGGAGAAAGUGGAGCUGGAAAGACUGAGAGCACCAAGUUGCUGCUGAAAUUUCUGUCAGCCAUGAGCCAGACCUCCCUCGGGGCCCCUGCAUCUGAGAAGAGCACUCAUGUGGAAGAAGCCAUCCUGGAAAGCAGCCCCAUUCUGGAGGCUUUUGGAAAUGCCAAGACAGUUUAUAACAACAACUCCAGCCGCUUUGGCAAGUUCAUCCAGCUGCACUUCUCUCAACAUGGACACAUCCAGGGAGGCCGAGUAACUGAUUAUUUACUGGAAAAGAACAGAGUGGUACACCAGAACCCCGGAGAGAGGAAUUACCACAUCUUUUAUGCUUUGCUGGCUGGUGUGAGUGGGGAGCAGAAAGAGAGUCUCUCCCUCUCUGAGCCAGAGACUUACCGCUACUUGAACCAGUCUGGUUGUGUGACUGAUGAGAACCUGAAUGACGUAGAGAUGUUCAGUAAGGUCAUGACUGCCAUGAAGGUGGUGGACUUCAGCACUGAAGAAAUCAGAGACAUCUUCAAACUUCUUUCUGGCACACUUCAUUUGGGAAACAUUGAAUUCAUGACAGCUGGCGGAGCCCAGGUGACAACAAAAGCGGUGCUGAACAUUGCCAGUGACCUCCUGGGUUUAGACGCCUUUCAGCUUUCUGAAGUACUGACGCAGAGGUCCAUGAUUCUGCGCGGGGAAGAGAUCAGCUCCCCCCUCACUGUGGAGCAGGCAGCUGACUCCAGGGACUCCCUCUCUAUGGCGCUCUAUUCCCAGUGUUUUUCAUGGCUCAUUAGCAAGAUUAAUACGAAGAUCAAAGGCAAAGAAAACUUUAAGUCUGUGGGCAUCCUGGAUAUCUUUGGCUUCGAGAACUUUCAGGUGAAUCGUUUUGAGCAGUUUAACAUUAACUAUGCAAAUGAGAAACUCCAGGAAUAUUUCAACAAACACAUCUUCUCCUUGGAGCAGCUGGAGUACAACAGGGAAGGGAUAAGCUGGGAAGCCAUUGACUGGAUGGAUAAUGCAGAGUGCCUGGACCUUAUCGAGAAGAAACUGGGUCUACUGGCUUUGGUGAAUGAAGAGAGUCGAUUCCCCAAAGGCACAGACAACACCCUUCUGGAAAAACUUCACAGCCAGCAUAUGAGCAACCACUACUAUGUGAAGCCUCGGGUGACAGACCAUCAGUUUGGCAUAAGACAUUAUGCUGGGGAGGUGCUAUAUGAUGUGAGAGGCUUUCUGGAGAAGAACAGAGACACCUUUCGAGAUGACAUUUUAAACAUGCUGAAAGACAGCAGGCUGGACUUCAUCUAUGACCUUUUUGAAAGAGUCUGCAGCCGCUGCAGUGAAGAGACGCUGAAGAUGGGCACCCAGAGGCGCAGACCAACUGUCAGUUCCCAGUUCAGGGAUUCUCUCCAUUCCCUGAUGGCCACGCUUAGUACUUCCAACCCGUUCUUCAUCCGCUGCAUCAAACCAAAUACAGAAAAGGCGCCGCACCUCUUCAAUCCAGAUGUGGUGCUAAAUCAGCUCCGCUAUUCAGGGAUGCUGGAGACAGUGAAGGUUCGGAGAGCAGGUUUCCCUAUACGGCGCCUUUUCCAGGACUUUCUCAGCAGGUACAAGAUGCUUGUGAAGGGGCCAAGUUUCUCAGACAACAGCAAAGCUGUAUGUGCAGGCUUUCUUCAGACCUACGACAGCAGCAAGAAGGAAUGGCAGUUGGGUAAAACCAAGGUUUUCCUGAAGGAGGCUCUUGAGCAGAAGCUGGAGAAGGAUCGGGAAGAGGAGUUGAGGAAAGCAGCUAUAGUCAUCCGGGCCCACGUCUUGGGCUACAUGGCAAGAGAAAAGGAGCAACUGAAUGUGCUACUCCAGGUGGCUCAGGUGGAAGCAGUAAAGACUGAGGAGGUAGAUAUUCCCCUGCAAGAAGAAGAGAGACGUCAGAUGGAGGAGAUCUUAAGACUGGAGAAGGAGAUUGAGAAGUUGCAGCAACAGAAAGAGGAUCACAUGUCUAUCAUCUGUGAAAACACCAGGAAUGAAAUCAAUCGGCAGCGAGAAGAAGAGAUCCAGAGGCUGGAAAAGGAGGCAUCUAGGGUUGCCCAGGAGUUCUUGGAGCUGCUGGAUUUUGGCAAUCUGGAUGAAAGUGUGCAGAACUUAGAGCGCUCACUUUCUAGUGAGGGGACACUCAACAUUGACUGCAGCCUGGUGGCACCACUGGCUGAAGAAGAAGUGGAUGAGGGUUUUCAUGCUGAUGAUGAAGGACGGCCAACUUCCAGUUUGGUGGUCUUGGAUCAGCACGGCACAAGAAACAGCGAUAACUACUCAGAGGAAGUUGCAGAUACAAGCCUUUCACUUCUCCAAAGGGAAGUGGGAGGGCUUGUCCCUGCUCCAGGACAACCUGUGGAAAGAACCACUAGCCCCAAGGAGCAGAGAGCCCUCUCUGAGCCAGCAGAAAGCAUUUACAGCACGGUCACAGAUAAGCAGAGGAGUAACAGCGGAGAGGUGGGAGAGCCAAUUUACACUUCCCCUCCGGAUGUGGAGUCAGACUACGACCAUGAGGAGUUUGAUGGUUGUGGAGAUGCAGGUAGUGCCUCAGCUGAGCCUCUGAAUGGUGAGGAAGGUCUGAGACACUCCCAUGGUACCAGCCUGGACUCCAACCGUGGCAGCCUGGACUCGUUUCUGGACAGUGAAGAAGAAGUGGAUGUUUACAUUGAUACAGAUGAAGAGUUUUGUAACGGACGAGUCACUAUCUUCAAUGGCUCAGGACCACCCUAUUUUCACAGCUAUCUCUACAUGAAAGGUGGUCUCAUGAACCCAUGGAGACGGCGCUGGUGUGUUCUGAAGAACGAGGCCUUCAUGUGGUUCCGCACCAAGCAAGAGGCACUGAAGUCAGGCUGGCUCUAUAAAAAAGGUGGAGGCAUGUCAACACUUUCACGCCGUAACUGGAAACGCCGUUGGUUUGUGCUUCGAGAAUCCAAGCUGAUGUACUUUGAGAAUGAUAGCGAGGAAAAGCUGAAGGGGACAAUUGAUAUCAGAAGGGCAAAGGAGAUAGUGGACAUUCAUGAAAAGGAGAAUGCCUUGGACAUUGUGACAGAAGACAGAGUUUAUCACAUUGUCGCAGAGUCACCAGAAGAUGCCAGUGGUUGGUUUAAUGUCCUGAGCCGAGUACACAGCGCUACAGCGCAGCAGCUGAGGGAAAUGCAAGAUGAACAGGCCAAUCCAAAGAAUGCUGUGGGAACUCUGGAUGUUGGGCUUAUUGACAAUGUCUGUGCUUCAGACAGUCCUGAUAGACCAAAUUCUUUUGUGAUCAUCACAGCAAAUAGAGUGAUUCACUGCAACAGCGACACCCCUGAGGAGAUGCAUCACUGGAUCUCCCUGCUGCAGAAACCAAAAGGCGAAUCUAAGGUUGAUGGCCAGGAAUUCCUUGUGAGAGGCUGGCUUCAUAAAGAGGUUCAGAGCAGCAACAAGAUGUCCUCUCUGAAGAUGAAGAAACGCUGGUUUGUUCUGACAAACACUGCGCUCGAUUACUACAAGUCAUCCGAGCGCACAGCUGCCAAGCUUGGCACGCUUGUGCUCAAUAGCCUCUGCUCUGUAGUGCAGCCCGAUGAGAGGGUCUUCAAAGACACAGGCUAUUGGAACAUCAUCGUCCAUGGGCGAAAGCACUCCUACAGACUGUACACAAAGCUGUUGAAUGAAGCUAUGCGCUGGGCCUCUGCCAUUCAAGGUGUCAUUGACAGCAAAGUUCCCAUAGAAACACCUACACAGCAACUCAUUCGUGACAUCAGGGAAAACAGCACAAACUUUGAAGUAGUGGAACAGACAUAUAGGAGGAACCCAAUCUUGCGAUACACCCAGCACCCCUUGCAUUCCCCAUUGCUCCCACUACCGUAUGGAGAUGUUAGUGUUAACUUGCAACAAGAGAAGGGUUACAGCAGCUUACAGGAUGAAGCAGUGAAGAUCUUUAACUCCCUUCAGGAAAUCGAGACAGUGUCUGACCCCAUACCCAUUAUCCAAGGCAUUCUGCAGACCUGCCAUGAUUUAAAGCCCCUUCGUGAUGAAGUGUACUGUCAGCUCAUCAAACAAACUAAUCACAUGCCGCAUCCCAACAGUACUGGCAACCUGCACCACUGGCAGCUGAUGUCAUGCAUGAGCUGCACUUUCCUGCCCAGUAGAGGGAUCCUGCGCUACCUCAAGUUCCACCUUAGAAGGGUAAAAGACCUCUUUCCAGGCUCAGAAAUAGACAGGUAUGCGCAAUUUAUAAGUGAUUCCCUGAAGAGAACAAAGACGAGGGAGUUUGUGCCCUCACAGGAGGAAAUACAGGCUCUUCUCACGCGUGAAGAAAUGACGACAACAGUGUACUGCCAUGGCGGUGGCUCCUGUAAAAUAACCAUCAAUUCACACACAAGUGCUGGGGAGGUGGUUGAAAAGCUGAUCCGAGGUUUAGCAAUGGAGGACAGCCGUAAUAUGUUUGCGCUCUUUGAACAUAAUCAGCAGGUGGACCGUGCUGUUGAGAGUCGGGUGAUUGUGGCUGAUAUCUUGGCCAAGUUUGAGAGACUUGCUGGCUCUGAAGAAGAAGAGGAGGAAGGACAGUGGCAGCUGUAUUUUAAGCUUUAUUGCUUCUUGGAUAUUGAGAAUGUUCCCAAAGAUGGGGUGGAGUUUGCCUUCAUGUUUGAGCAGGCUCAUGAAAGCCUCAUAGAUGGUCAUUUUCCUGCACCAGAGGACACUCUGCAACGCCUAGCAGCUCUUCGGCUGCAGUAUCUUCAUGGAGAUUAUUCUAAAAUAAGUUGGACCCUUGAUGGAAUCUACCCAGUUAACAGACUAAAAUCCAAAAUACUUCACUCAACAAAGAGCAGCGGCACUACUAGUCACACUCUGGAGAGGAGACGGACCAGCUUCCUUGAAGGGACAUUGAAGCGUAGCUUCAAGACAGGCUCUGUAAAGAAGCAGAAGGUAGAAGAGGAGCAGAUGAUGGAGAUGUGGGUAAAGGAAGAGCUUUCAGCUGCUCGGGCAAGCAUAGCACAGAAAUGGACCAAGCUGCAGGGACUCUCUCAGCAUCAGGCCAUGGUGAAAUACAUGUCCAUUGUAAAGGAGUGGCCAGGUUACGGGUCAACCCUAUUUGAUGUUGAGUGCAAGGAGGGUGGAUUUCCAAAUGAUCUUUGGCUUGGAGUCAGCACAGAGAAUGUGUCUGUCUACAAACGAGGGGAUCCUAAACCACUAGAAACUUUCCAGUAUGAGCACAUUGUUUUCUUCGGAGCACCACAGCCUAACACCUUCAAAAUUACAGUGGAUGAGAGAGAAAUGUUCUUUGAAACAUCCCAGGUGGGUGAGAUAAUAAAGAUCAUGAAAGCAUACAUCAACAUGAUUGUGAAGAAACGCUGCAGCGUCAAAUCAGCCACCAGCGUGGACAGUCAUGCUAGCAUCUGGACUAGGUGAUACGAAUGAACUGCCACAAGAGAGAGGCAGUUGUUUAAUGAUUGGUGUUUGCAACUUGCCAGCACAAGUGUAGCAAAGAUGUUUUUUAAGAACUCCACUUGACUGACUACUGUAUUUAAAAACUGAAGUGACAUCUACAGUACCAUAGGAUUUGCACCUCUGCCCAAAGACAUUAAACAGUAACAACUGUUGUUAAAUAUUAAUAACCCAAAACUUUUUUCCCCUUGCUUGUUUGAUGAACAAUGUACCUUAAAGAAGCAAAGUCAGAAGCA